AUGGGAGGGCCAUCACGCCCCCACACCGACUCUAUAUAUACAUGUCCUCCGCCGCCUUCCAUCUCUCAGUACACUAUCCACUCACCAAAUACCAUCAUGGCCUAUUGCACCAGAAGCACACACCCUGUGCCACGGCACUACUCUUUCGGGCUUUGGGUUACGAGCAUUCUUUUGUUCACGGCGGCAACAACGCCGACGACGAAGGGGUGCGUAGAGGGCGAGAGGGACGCCCUCCUCGACUUCAAAACCGGCAUCGUCAAGGAUCCUUCCAGCCGUUUGUCAUCAUGGCGAGGCCGAGUAGACUGCUGCAGAUGGAGCGGGGUGGUCUGUGACAACAGAACCGGCCAUGUCGUGGAGCUCAACCUCCAGAAUUCAGACCCUUAUUACAGUGAGACGUCUAUCGGAGGUGAUAUCAGACCAUCCUUGCUCCUGCUAACUCAUUUGGAGCGUCUCAACCUCAGCCACAAUGACUUCGGUGGGAUCCAAAUCCCGAAAUUUUUGGGUUCCCUUACCGAGUUGACGUAUCUCGACCUCUCCUGGUCCAACUUCCGCGGAGCCAUUCCGCCCCAGCUGGGCAACCUGUCCAGGCUCCGCUAUCUCGACCUAAAUUCACUAUAUGACUUAACGAUCGAUGGCCUGCACUGGCUCUCGCGUCUCACUUCCUUGAGAUACCUCUACAUGGGCGGUGUGAACCUUUCCGUGGCCUCCCACGAUUGGCUUCAAGCGGUGAACAUGUUGUCCUCACUAGAGGAGCUACAUUUACAUGACUGUGGCCUCACCAUUCUCCACUCUUCUCUUUCCCAUGUCAACCUCACGACACUGGCCACUCUCGAUCUCCAUCGCAACCUCUUCAACUCCACCUUCCCCAACUGGCUAUGGAAACUCCACAACCUCUCUUAUCUUGAUCUCGGUUUUUCUAUGUUUCAUGGUGCCAUACCCGCUGGGAUUGGAAAUUUGACUGGUCUAAGAGAACUUUAUCUUGGUGAUAAUUCACUUUCAGGUCCCAUACCCACUGAGAUUGGAAUUUGUAAUAGUCUAAAACUUAUCGAUCUGCGUGAUAAUUCAAUCUUUGGACCCAUACCUGCUGGGAUUGGGAAUUUGACUGGUCUAAGAAAGCUUUAUCUUGAUCAUAAUUCACUCUUUGGACCCAUACCUGCUGAGAUUGGGAAUAUGGCUGGUCUAAGAGAGCUUUAUCUUGAUCAUAAUUCACUCUUCGGAGUCAUACCUGCUGGGAUUGGGAAGUUGACUAGUCUAGGAGUGCUUUAUCUUAAUGAUAAUUCACUCUUUGGACCCAUACCUGUUGGGAUUGGGAAUUUGACCGGUCUAGGAGAGCUUUAUCUUAACGAUAAUUCACUUUCAGGAGAAAUCCCAAUUGAAAUUGGGUCUCUUUCAAUGCUCCAAACUUUAAAUCUAUCAAGAAACAAUUUUGUCGGCCAAAUUCCAGCGGCAAUUGGUGCCAUGAAAUCAUUGGAAACUCUGGAUCUGUCAUUCAAUAAGUUAUCCGGAGUCAUUCCUCAAAGCUUUUCUGCGCUGAAUUCUCUGAACCACUUGAAUCUGUCUUACAACAAUCUAUCGGGACCGAUUCCAUCCGGGAAUCAACUUCGGACGCUGGAGGAUGCAUCCAUUUAUAUCGGAAAUGUCCAUCUCUGUGGACCUCCGGUGACCAAGAGUUGCUCCGACGAUCCCAACGUCGAUUCGACGGAAGAGGAGUACGAACAAGGAUCUCAUGUGCUGUCAUUUUACUUUGGUACCGGGCUCGGAUAUUUGGUCGGCUUAUGGAGUGUGUUCGUGAUCAUGCUGUUCAAGAAAGAUUGGAGGCUCUUCUAUUUUGCAACGGUGGACAAGAUGUACGACAGAGCUUAUGUGGCAAUCAAGAUAAGAAUGCGAAAUUGGCAUGACGCAGCUGGUCGAAUGUGA